AGCUACAUUUUUCGCUCUACUCUCUCAUUCGUCUUUACUGGAGGCGGUGUCUGAUCUCUUCGGGCUUUCUCUGUAAAUCGGAUUGAAUGAUAAGAAAUGGGCGAAAUGGAGAAACGGUGGUUGUCAUCACUUCUGUUCGUGUGCAUUUUAUUUCUACACUGUGCCUCUGCCGAUAACGGCGGCGUGAAGAAAUUAAAGAUGCAGUUUGCAACGGGACCACUUCUCAAAUUUCAGAUCUGCAUCUCCUGAGGGUACAAGCGGGUGUUUGAGGAGUAUAUGCAGGUCCUGAACCAGCGAUACCCAGACAUCCGCAUAGAGGGGGAGAACUACCUUCCCCAGCCCAUUUACCGACACAUAGCUUCCUUCCUGUCCAUAUUCAAGCUGGCUGUUAUUGGGCUGAUUAUUCUUGGCAAGGACCCGUUUGCCUUCUUCGGUAUGCAAGCUCCUGGCCUUUGGGUCUGGGGUCAGGAAAACAAGAUCUACGCUUGCAUGAUGGUGUUCUUCUUCAGCAAUAUGAUUGAGAACCAGUGUAUGUCUACGGGUGCCUUUGAAAUCACAUUUAACGAUGUGCCAGUGUGGUCCAAACUAGAGUCAGGCCACCUGCCUUCCAUGCAGCAGCUGGUCCAGAUUCUGGAGAAUGAGAUGAAGCUCAAUAUCCACAUGGACUCUCUCCCACACCAGCACUCAUAGCCAGGCCUGUAGUGGACUGGGAUCCUGACCUUUUGUAGGUUCGAGGUGGGUGUGUUCCGAGGCCGUGAGACAAUGUCUAUGAAGGUCUGCACUCAAGGCAGGUUGACUGCAGGUGCAGGCUGGAUGUCCCAAAUUGUUACUCACUGCGCCUUGGAAGAUGCCCCCACCACAGGGUGGGGUCCACAGCACCACACUCGCCAUGUUUACUGCAGCCCCCACAUCUUAAUGCAAUUACCAUGCUCGGUUUCACAAGGCUAUCCAAGCUCAUAUGUAAAGUGGCAAUUUUAUUUUCUGCGCGCAGAUUCAAGAGAAGAACAUAAGCAGAGACAGGAUUGUGAACAUUGAAUUUAAUGUUUUAUGGAAUAUAUGAAAACAAUUAUAGAUUCUAUCUGUAUUUUUAAUGUUUAUUUUGUAGCAUACUGUGCAAAUAAAACUAUUAUAAAGUGGAAUUCCAGAAAACUUAUGCUACUGUAUGUAAUUUAUCCAGGCACUGUGGGUCAUAAGGAAAGUUCUGUUCAACAUGUGAUAUGCAAAGUUCUAUUAAAGAUUGAGAAUUUGAAUUGA